AGCAGUUGCUUUGUAAAGCGUGUCAGAUCGGCCUCGAAAUUCUGUCACCCUUUUCGUGGUCUAGUAAUCAAAAGUCAGACAGUUUGUGCUAAAUUCUAAAGAAAAACGAUAAGAAAAUCAAUCAAAUGUCUAAACCGAAAACACCCAGCACUAGUGGUAGCGAAGGACUGUCGCCGUUCGCGUCCAGUUCGUCGAUUUCGCGUGCAUUAGGUCAACACGGUUAUAAAAUCGGGCAAAAAAUCGGCAAAGGUUCGUUUUCGUCUGUUCGGUUAGCCAAAUAUAUCAGUAAAAAUCAGAACGUUUCAACGCUGGCCUGUAAGGUAGUCGACGUCAACAAGGGAACGGAAGAGUUUGUGAAAAAGUUUUUCCCCCGGGAGCUCAACGUGCUAAUGAAGAUUCGACAUCCGAACGUGAUUAAAAUUCACAGCAUUCUCAAGCGGGAGCGGAUGGUGUUUAUCUUUAUGGAGUACGCCGAAGGCAGGGAUUUGCUCAAAUUCAUUAACAAAAAUGGCGCGCUGAAGGAGUCGCAGGCUAAGCUGUGGUUUGCGCAGCUAGUCAACGCCGUUCGGUAUCUACAUUCGAUCGACAUUGCUCACCGUGAUCUGAAGUGCGAAAAUAUCUUACUCUCGAAAAAAGGCUCCGUGCUGCUGGCUGAUUUUGGUUUCGCGCGAGUCUGCGGGGAGGAAUAUGGCAACGUUUCGGAAACCUACUGUGGCUCGGCUGCCUACGCGGCCCCGGAGGUGAUACUUGGCGAACCGUACAACCCGAUGGCGGCGGAUGUUUGGUCUCUGGGGAUUAUUCUGUUUGUGAUGUUCAACGCCAGUAUGCCGUUCGACGAUCGCAACGUGAAGACCCUGGUGGAAAGUCACCAAAGCCGUAACUAUCACUUCGAGGACACGGUACUAGUGCAGUUGAGUACGGCAGCGGUCAGGACCGUGUUCGAGCUGUUGAAUCCGGAACCAAGCGCAAGGAUAACGCUCGAUCGGUUGUUUCAAUACGAGUGGAUCGAUGAGAAUUCGGCUAAGGAGAAAAGGCGACGGCUGAGAGAACUGUGCGCGAGGAAGGAAAUUGUUGCCGGUUCCUUCAAGACUACUACCGGCUGUCGGUGCUAGUUACUUGUGGACUUGUGUGUAUUUUGCUAAGAAAAACCCGCUAU